AUGGCUGCACCACUACCAGAGAAAUUCGAUGACCUGCCCGACAAGCGCCGGUAUUGGCCUGGCGCGCCUGGCUCUGAAGAAGAAGGCCUGGGCAUGCUACGCCUACUUACACCCGAGGUAGUAGCAGAUGCCGCACGAACACAGAUUCAGACCGGCGAGCGCGUGUGCCUCAACUGGGAUAUCGAGAAUUUGACACCACCAGGAUUCGGCCGCAAGCCAUUCGAACACAACAUCAAAUGGGUAGCCGAAGGCAUUGCCCUCGACGACGAAUACCACUUCAACCCCCAACAAUCCUCCCAGUGGGAUGGAUUCCGACACCACAACGCCCCAGCUCCAACUGACACAAACCCAACCCGCCGCCUCUUCCAUGGCGGCACCACAGCAAGCGAAAUCAAAGACACCGAUUCCCCCCGCAUCGGCAUCGGCUUCUGGGCCAAGAAAGGCAUAGCAGGCCGCGGCGUCCUAAUAGACUAUGUCUCCUACGCUAAAAAGCGAGGAAUUCCUCUUAACGCACUUACCCGCCAAAUGAUCACUCUGGACGAAGUGAAAGAGAUAGCCGCUGAAUGCAACAUCACCUUCCAGCGCGGCGAUAUCUUUUUCCUUCGUGUCGGGCUCCCGGAUACAUGGGCGGCUAUGUCUGCUGAGCAACGGAUGGAGUAUAGUGAGCAGCCUAUGCCAAAUCAUGCGGGCAUUGAGCAGAGUGAGAGGGUUGUGAGGUUUAUGUGGGAUAAUCAUUUUGCGGCUGUUGCGUCGGAUGCGGUUAGUUUUGAGGUUUUCCCGGCUUUGAAUGAGGAGUUUGAUUUGCAUCAUUGGCUUUUGGCGGGUUGGGGCAUUCCUAUUGGGGAGAUGUUUGACUUGGAUGUUCUUGCUGAGACUUGUCAGAGGCUUGGAAGAUGGAGCUUCUUUGUUUCGAGUAGUCCGUUGAACUGUGCGCGGGGCGUUUCUAGUCCUCCUAAUUGUAUGGCUAUUUUCUAG